UACCCAUCUGGUUUAUCCCUCACCUGUUGUGGUGUCACCCGUUUAUUCACAAGGCCAUUUCCCAUUAGAUGGUCCCAGGAGACCUCUUCCAUCUAAUUUGAGUCUCUUUUCUCCAUUAAUGAAUUGUGGACCUUGUACUUUUCCCGUUGCUCCUCCUCAAACUGUCUCAAACAGACCAGCUAGUGUAUACAAACGGUAUGCUGAUGAAAUGCCAAGAGACCGCAGUGGUACCAUGACAUACCUGCUAAAUCCUAAAGCUUCAAUGAGAGAACAUCAUUCUGCAAAUUCAAGGAGGGGAAAACAUAAUUACAAUCGAAAUGGCCAUCAUAGUGAUAAAGAAGGAAACCGGAAUGCGCAUUCAAAAUCACGAGCUGCUGGGGCAGCCAAAGUCAUAACCAGAAUGGAAAAUCAAUGUUCAAGUUUGACCAAUUGGGAGCUGUUGUUGGUGAAAGUACAGCUGAGAGAGGCCUUGUGGCUCACAUAGGCACGAUUCGUUUACGACAUACCAGUCUCAUAAUGGAUCAACCCGCUCAAACUCUUCACUGAGUAGUGCUGCUAGCAUGCCAUACGCCACGUGCCCACUGCCAGCCAUGAACACCAGUGAGGUGUCAUCUAAUGGACCUUACAUUC